GGGCACUCUCCUACCUUGUUCUUUUAUCCAUUUUUGUUUCUUCUACUUCUUCUUCUUCAUCUUCUUCGUAACAUUAUUAUCCAACACCCAAUCCACAGUAUAUAAUGCAUGUCUCUCCAUCUACUUUCUACCCACGACUUCCUUUUUCCUUAUUCUGCAAAUUAAACACUUGCCAAGUUUGUGUUUUCUUGCAAGCUGUGAGCAACCUGCCUCUUUUUUCCCUUUUAACUUUAACCCUAAUACGAGGAAGACAAUAAUUGCGCCUACCCAUACCAUUCCUCUUCUUCCUUCUUCCUUCUUCUUCUUGGGCAUGGGUAGAAUCCAAUUUUGCUUUUUUCAAAUUCGUGUUUGUCUUCUUUUCCAACAGUCCUCUUUUCAAGGCACCUUUUUCGUGAAUUGGAAGAACUAAAUUUGUUGUUAUCUGAGAAUUUUAGUGGAAAUCAUGGGUAGAGCGACGAGGUGGUUCAAGAGCCUCUUUGGCAUUAAGAAUAAGGACAAGGACCUCAAAAUCGAACAUUCCGCCGACGGGAAGGAAAAGGGAAACGGACUACGGAGCUCGAGGGACUCCGCCGCCGCCGCCGGGCUCUGCCACAACCCCGCAACCAUCCCCCCCAACAUUACGCCGGCGGAGGCCGCUUGGCUCAGAUCCUUCUACGGGGAAACCGACAAGGAGCAGAACAAGCACGCAAUAGCGGUGGCCGCCGCCACGGCGGCGGCGGCGGACGCCGCUGUGGCGGCUGCGCAGGCAGCGGUUAGGGUUGUUCGGCUCACCAGUCAGGGGCGCGGCGCGGCGGCGGCGUUCCGCGGGAGCCGCGAAAACUGGGCGGCUAUCAAGAUUCAAACAGUGUUUCGUGGAUAUUUGGCCCGAAAAGCGCAUCGGGCCUUGAAGGGCCUGGUGAAGAUUCAAGCACUUGUAAGAGGAUUUCUGGUGAGAAAACAAGCCGCCGCCACGCUUCACAGCAUGCAGGCUCUUGUAAGAGCCCAAUCCAGUGUCCGGGCCGAGAGAAUCAGGCGCCGGGAGAAGCCUGAAGAAUCGAAAGCCGAGCACAGCAGGAGGCUUUCUUCCUCCUUCGAAGCCGCUGCCAUGAAUUCAAUGGAGGAGAGCCCGAAAAUCGUGGAAGUGGACACCGGGAGCCGGCCGAAGUCGAGAUCCAGGCGGGCCUACUCAUUAAUGGCGGAUUCCGGCGAGGAUUCCUUCGGGAAGGCGGCGUCCUCACCAUACCCUGCCCGAAUCGCAACGCCAAACUUCUCCGAUCAAGAAUGGUGUGUGAUCGGAGACGAAUGCCACUUCUCCACCGCCCAGAGCACUCCGAGAUUCGCCGGCUACGACGGGCCUCCGACGCCGGCGAAGAGCUCGUGCGAUUUGAGACGGUACGGCGAGCACCCGAACUACAUGGCGAAAACGCAGUCGUUUAAGGCGAAGGUGAGAUCGCAGAGCGCCCCCAAGCAGCGGGGCGACGGCGGCGGGACGCGGCGGCGGCUGUCGCUGCACGAAGUGAUGGAGUCGAGGAGCAGCCUGAGCGGGGUGAGGAUGCAGCGGUCGUGCUCGCAGGCCAUUAGUUUCAAGAAUGCAGUGAUGGGUAAGCUCGGGAGGUCCUCAGAUUUUGUGGAGCUUGGGAACAACAGGGAAAGUAGCAGUAACUUUUAUCCUAACUGAUUCCGAUUCGUGCAGAAGAAGAAAACUGUUCUUCCACUGCACCAGUUAGAUAGAUUCGAUUCGAUUCUCAUUAGUCGUUACCACUGAUGGAUGAUGGUGUUUGUUGUUUGAUGUUAGAUUUUUCAGUUCAUUAUUAUGAUUCUUGUUCUUCAAAUUUUCAUGUGUUUGUUUGCAUUUGUCCUUGUG